AUGCGGCCGCCAUCUGCGGAUGCAAUUUCGGCGCCAUCACGGAUUUCAGUUUGCCGACUUUCAUGGGUGAAUGAUUCCGUACAGCAGCGGAGUGAGAGUGACGAAGGAGAGGACCUUGAGGGCACACGGUACUUCACUCAGCGUCCCAAGGAGAAGUGGGACUAUCAUCGUGUAGAUAAGAACAUCAACUCCUCUUCUGAGUUCCGCCGGACGCACAAUAGACCCGCAUUCGAGCAAGGCAUGUGCGAGGACAACUCCACGAUGGAGCGCGGUGAUAUGCAUAUUCCAAAGAAAUAUCGCCUAUAUGAGUACUUUGAUGAAUACACAAGACCUGGGGUAAACAAGAAGGUGGCCGUAUGCUGCUGCUGUUGUUGUGUUUAG